CAGGAGAGCAGACUUCGAGAAAGAUCUCUGAAUUAAUUAAGCCAUAUUUGGGAUCCAAAUAUAAAUUAACUGAAGUCCCCAAAAGCUUAAUAUUUUACAUGUCUAAACACAGUGGCCCUGUUAAUGAAAUCCAGUGGUGUCCUGUACGAGAACAAAGUCACAUGCUUCUCUCAGCUUCUAUGGAUAAAACAGUAAAGGUAAUGUAAAACAAGAUGCUUUGCAGACCAAUCAUCAAACUUAAAAAUACUGUAUUAAAUAAUGAUCUUCUGGGAAUAACAUCCUUGCUUGUGUGUGUUUAACAGUUUCAGUGUAUUCAGAAUUCGAGGAGAUGCUUUGCAGUACAAGACCCUAUUAUGAACUUGCAGCCUAAGCAUUCACUAGACCUGUAGUCAGUUCUGUUAUUUUGGAAUUUUUUUUUUUUUUUUUUUUAUUAGACAUUGCAGUGUUUUAGAUCUUAAGAAGUUAGAUUUCUAGUAGGUAAUUUCUCAUAAUCUGUAUUAAUGUCAGGUUUUCAUUAUGGCCAUUGUGACAUUAAAAAUUAGGAAAUAAGCACUAUGGUCUGGGUAUAGAUUCUGCCUUAAGUCAUUAAACAGCUGACUGCCAACAGUGGAAUAAUAUUUUGAGGAACUUUACCUUUCUGACAGGCCUAAGUGACUACUGGUGGAGGAGGUAUGUCAGGUCAGAUGGAUUUUUCAUCUGAACUAAUGUGGCAGGUCUUGCAUCCCUGAAAGGUGUCCUGUCGUGAUCUAAGGAGUCUUCCUGCUUUAAUUUGAUUUCAAGGGUUAUUUGCUCAAUAUUUAAAGUGUAUUUUCCUUCUAGCUUUAGUGAAUUUGGCUUCAGUUCUUUGUUUGUUAUUUUAGUCAGUCUGAUGAGUCAUGCUUUUAUUUUAAUGGUUAAUAAAAAUAUUUUUAUGUGUAUGCUUUUCCAGAUGUAGGCCUAAUGCUUCCUGUGGGUUCUAAUGAUAGUCUUCCAAAGUGGAUUUACACAGGAACGUAGUUUUGAUAAGAGAACAUAGAAAGUGUCCUUUUUGGUGGAAAGCAUGCUUUAUUGUAUCUAACAUGUAUUUAACAUAGUAGGUACAAUUAUUUUAAAACUUGUUCUAAAAUUUAGGUCUUUUAAGUAAAUCCUAGUAAGUAAAGAGGCAAGAACACCACCCUCUGUAUCAGCAUACUUCUAAAACCAAAGGAGAGGAGGGAACUUUAAAAAUGAAUUUGUGUUCUGAUUUCAUGUAGGAAAAAAUGUUCUUAAAUUCUCUUAUUAAAAUUAGUUGGUUUUUUUUUUUUUUUACUCUUUUGCUGUUUUAAUUUGUAGUGGAGAACCGAGUUUCAUUUAGUUUGGCUUUUGUAUGAUUUUUCUUAUCUUAGAAUUUCUUUUUUUCUUUUCUUUCCUCUUUCCCCAUUUUUGCCAUGGGGUCCUGUGAAAUAUGUGCUGACUUUGUGUUUUUGAAGCAGAGAUGUUCUUGAAUCUUGGACAGAGUUUCUGCUUUUUUCUCUUUAAAGUCUAUUAAAGCACUGGUGCUCACAGAAGAGAAAACCUCAGAUCUAUAGCAUAAAUAAAAUUUACUCCUCUCAAUUGCUUAUCUUUUAUCCUCUUAAGUUAUAAUAGCUUCACUGGUUCUGUAGUCAACCUAUCACACCAUCAAAAUCUGAAUGCUUUGAACUGUGGGUGAUUCCUCCUUUAUUUUCUUUCCCAUGUUUUUUUUACAUCUUUGUCUUAAAGAUUAAAUGGAGGAAAAAAUACCUUGGUUUUUCUUUGCAAGUGUUCUUUAAUAUAUUUAAUAAGUUAAAUCUUGGCUGUUUCUUGAAGAACAGACUUAGAAGGAAAAGACUUAGUCUUUUCUAAGAUAAGCAAAAAGUGCUGGUGGAUGUUUUUGGUAAGCAGCAAUUUAAAUUUGGAUUGUACAAAACUAUAUGCACCUCCGACUUCAGUGUGUCUGAAUUUGACUUUUUGUCUUAAACUGUCACACCAUAUGCUUAAUGUUUGUUUACUAUCCCAGAGCCUUAUUUUACUGAUAAGUGAAAUUAUGUAUGUGUUAAAUUUGGUAAAACAAUUUAAAAUCAAAGUUGUCAUUGCAAUGUAAAAUUAUUAAAAAAUGGAAAUAAUAGCCUGUCUGUUUUGUCUUCUAAGCAGAAAGGAAGAUUACUUUAUUUUUCUAAGGUAGUGUUACCACCCCUGAUUGGAAGCAGUCUUUAACAGUAAAGCUGGUUUUUGAAGACAUCUAAUUGCUUUAGGUGCCCCAGACCAUGGAAAUUCAAUAUAAGUAGAAUAUGUUAAAGUUGGCAACACUUCAGAGCAUGCAAGUCUAUAACACUAAUAAAGUAAUAAUGUGACUGUUACAAGGUAUAUUAAAACACAUUUCCGUAUUUUGGAAGGUAGCCUGUGGAGAAAUACCUAUGAAUGCUUCUUGCUGCUAUUUCUUAAUGAAAUCGAAGACUAAUGGUAUGAGCAGCAGCAUCUUUAAAGUUUGCACCUUUACAGAAGUACCUUUCAGGCCAGUAGAGGGCACAGUUAGAUUAAGUAUUGACUUGAUGUUAUAAACUAAUCUCACUAACUUUCUAGGGUCAUGAGCCCAUAAAUCUCUAAUGACUAUCACAGCAGUAGUUUAUCUUCUGGGGAUUUUUUGGCUGUCUACCAUUGCCUGAAGUUCUCCAUUUUCUGGUAGAAGUAUAAAACAACUGAUUGAAAAUGCAGAUGCAGUUGUAGAUGUACUAUUUUUUUUUCCAAUCCUGUACCUUCGCACAGCUUACCUUUUUUGUUGUUUUCUUCCAAAAACAGCUGCUUGGAAUUGCUAGUUUAAAUCCGGGCAGUGGAAGUGUGUCCUCUUUCCCUUUAAUGGGAAUAUGCAGACACUCAGGAUAUUUGCAGUAUUUACUUUCAACAUCCGAUUCAGAUAAAACUCAAAGCACAGUUAGAAGCCUAAAAUCCCUGUAUGAUCAGAGAGAGCAGGCAAUCCAGAGCUUCAAAACUCUGUAAUUUCAGUUAGUCAUUUGAAUAACUGUGACUGAAUAUUUUCAUGUGUAAAUAUCUUGGAUUCAGUCAUUGCAUUCAGCCUAUGCAUUAAGACAUUUAUCUUUUGAAGAGUCCAAUAUUAGGGGAGAUUUCUCAGAGUAAGAGUUCUGUAUACGCAGAUUUAACUGAUUGUGGUAGUUUGUUGUGCUUAAAUCAAAAGAUCUAUAGUUGUAUGCAAUUUUUGUACCAUUUAGCCAAACAGUUUUGCAUCUUUUAUCUGUACUUAUAUGCUUAAAUAUUUUUCUCUUAAAUUUUUCAUCAGAAACUAAGAAUUUUCCUUUCUGGGAAACUUUUUGCAUGGAGAAGGAAGAAAUACUUGGUUUAGUUAUCUUGAUUUAGUGAUCUUAAUUUCUUUAUUGCCAUCUAAAUUACUAUGAUCAAAUCAUCCAUAUCACACAGGGAUAUAUCUAAAAUGUAUAUAUAGAACUGAUUAUGUAGUUUCUUACUUUUUAAGUGUGCGUAUGUAUCCUGUUUAAAUCAGGGGAAAAGAACAGUCUUCCAUUUAUGUUCUCCCAGAUUAACCAACGUGCACUUUACCAUCUCCUUUAUGAAUCAGUGUAAGUCAUACUAAAAUGUUUGCAAUAAAUGAGUUGAUGUUUUCAGUUUGUGUUGACUGAAGAAUAGCCUAGUAUCAGGAAAGAUCAUCUGAAGCAGUUUGUAUAAAUAUCUUGCGUAUUAAGGAAGGAAUGCACUGUUUUAGAGGAUAUUGUAUUUUUCAUUCAAAGUACUUGCUAUUAAUUUUUUGUGUAUGGCUGCAUUUAAAAAAAACCCAACCCCCAAACAGUUGUCAAGUGGUACAGUUGAAAAAAAUCAGUUAUCAGCUCAGGGGUGUAAUUCUCUAGAGUAACACUUCUACCAGCAGAUGGGGCUCCUCAGCAUCUUCGAAAGGAAUGGUAACUAAACUGUGUCUGCGAAGACUGGAAGACUUUAAUGUUUGCCUCCAUGUUGUACAUUGAAAGACCAAAAUUAAAAGUUUAUGCAUGUGUUGCAAAACGUAUAAGAAAACUUCAGAGAGACCUGGAAGUAAGAUAGAUUAAUUACCCGCAGUUCUUCAAAUCUGGAGCAUUAAUCAAAGACUAUUUCAUGCUAAAUUUUAAAUUGUAAGGACUGGGGGGAAAAAAAAAGCUUAGAUUUAGGCUUUGGCAAGUCUUUUGCCCUCUAUUUUCUUAGAAUUUUGAGCUUCCCCUUUGGAAGGGGAAACUGAUAGUACUUCCAGCCUAGGUAGCUGGAGAAAGGGGCAGGAAACCUGAUUCAAGUUAGGGAAAGUACUGGUGGGAGCUCUUACUGUGGCAGUGCUCUUCUUCACUACACAUUCUACCUGUAUUAUCAGUGGCUUGUGUAUCUAGUUUAAGUAUGUAUUUUAAGGAUUGUGAAACAUGAUUGAAUUGAUUAAAUUUGUUUUCUUCGGAUACACUUCUUCUCUACCUUCUCUUUGAAUAGCUGCUGUAAAUGAAAUUUAGGCUACAACUGCCAUUUUGGUUUUGCCUACUUAAACACUGAAAUAGUGUUUGUGAUUUUUAAUAUCUUGUCUAGUGUUUUUUGCAACAUUUUGAGACUCAACACUGUUAUUAAAGGUGCCUAGUUUCCAUAGUGUGGAUAUUCAACACUUUCUGAACAUCAGACCUUGUUUAGGUAUUUCUGGUUUAGAACCUCAAAUACAGAAUCCAAAAUCACAGGUUACCAUUGAAAUACAGCUGUUUGCCUUAGGUAGCAGGGUAGAAAAAAAGUUGUCUCUUGAAAGACAUGUUUACCAACUGCAGAAACCACUAUACUGCAUUCGCGUUGUUAGUCUCUUUUGUUUGGAGGACCUUGUAAUUACAUAGAUCCAGAGAUGUAAACAUUUUCACUUUUUACUGAUGCUGGACUUAGCUUUUUAACAAUUGUUCAUAACUUCAAGCCUCCCAUACCAUUAUUCUGUAUUUCCUAUUUUGUCUUAAAAUUAACUCAAGGUAACGUCUUUAUAUAAUCAUCUGUAAACUUUUAAUUCUCUGUUCCUGGUUUUCUGUUUAGAGCGUCACAGCAGGUAUUCCAUUUGUUGCAAAGUAUUUCUUCAUUUUCAGCACUUUCGCCCUCCGUUGAUGAACAGGAUCAAGGAAAGAAAGUACUGUGAUUCUUCGUGGGAGUGGAGAUAACUGCAGGUACAUGAAGGCAUAACCAAGCAAGUGAUGAAUACUGUUUGGAGUGGUAAAAGUAUUUUAGUGAUGGCAACAUAAAUGGGGAAGAAGCUGAGUGAUAGGAAGCUGAAAUAAUAACAUGAAUCUGAUUGUGGAAGGGUCUUCAAAGUGUUAUGUGAAAAUCACAUUGGAAGUGGUAUGGGAUGCUGUAGAUACAGGCUGGUGUUUAAAAACAUACUCCUGUCAUUCCUGUGCUGUUCGAGCUGCCCGGUGGUCAUCUUGUGGAAGAAGGAUCCUCAGUGGGGGCUUUGAUUCCAUGCUGCAUUUAACGGAUGUAGAAACAGGGAAGCAGAUAUUUAGCAGCAAAAAUGAAUUUAGGAUCAGCGCACUGAAGUUCCACCCUACAGAGUCAAAUAUUUUCAUUUGUGGAGGGUUCAGCCCGGAAGUUAAAGCUUGGGAUAUAAGGACUUCUAAGGUGUUAAGAGUGUACAAAGCUGCAGUACAACAGACAUUGGAUAUACUCUUUCUCCCUGAAGGAAGAGAAUUUCUUACAAGCACAGAUGCAGUAAGCCGGGACUCAGCUGAUCGUACCAUUAUUGCAUGGGACUUCCAAAGUUCUGCAAAAAUCUCCAAUCAGAUUUUUCAUGAGCGUUAUACUUGCCCAAGUCUAACUCUGCACCCAAAAGAGUCUAUGUUUGUUGCUCAGACAAACGGGAACUACAUGGCUUUGUUUUCUGCCCAGCGACCUUACCGAAUCAACAAAAAGAAAAGAUAUGAAGGACAUAAGGUGGAAGGAUUUGCAGUGGGCUGUGAAUUUUCUCCAGAUGGAACACUUUUGGUGACAGGAAGUUCAGAUGGCAAAGUGUUUUUCUACAACUAUCAUACUGCUAGGAUUAUUCGCACUUUGUCUGCACAUAAAGAAGCUUGUGUGAGUGCAAUAUUUCACCCAGUCUUGCCAUCGCUCCUUGCAACAUGUGAUUGGGCUGGAGAAAUCAAGAUCUGGCAAUAACAAGCAGAGUUACUUUCCAGGAUGUCUCCUGUUAGUCUGUCAAAGGUGUAGGAAAUAAACCGUGGUAUGCAAUGUGAAAUUUUGUUGUGAUGUGUUGUAGGCAGGAGAGACUGUUGUCUGUUCUUCUAUGACCUCUAAGUGUGUGCUUUCAUAAUGCAGUUAAGAUGGUCUUGUCGCUAGCUGCUGAGCAAAGAAGUUGUCUUACUCUCUCCCUUGGACCUGGUGACAAAUUUCAGCCCCUUUUGUGUCAAUCUUCUGGUGCUCAUCUAGCCCCACCCUGCUUUGAGUAGCUAAACUUCAGGAAAAUUACUGCUCUUUUUAUGUAGCUUUUCAAUGCAGCUUUCCUAAACCAGGUUUUAUCAUAGAAUCAUAGAAUCAUUUAGGUUGGAAAAGACCUUUAAGAUCAUCAAGUCCAACCAUUAACCUAGCACUGCCAAGUCCACCACUAAACCAUGUCCCUAAGUACCACAUCUACACAUCUUUUAAAUACCUCCAGGGAUGGUGACUCAACCACUUCCCUGAGCAGCCAGGCCCAGUGCGUGACAACCCUUUUGGUGAAGAAAUUUUUCCUAAUAUUCAAUCUAAACCUCCCCUGGUGCAACUUGAGGCCAUUUCCUCUUGGCCUCACCAAAAGUUGGUGAGGACAUACUAUUUAACAGAAGAUAGUGUUCAGAUCAAUUAAUGCCUAUUUGAUUGUCCUGGGAUUUUUUUUUUUUUUCCACUAGUUUAGCUCCCUGACCUGGUCACUGAAGAGUUAGACAAGCAAUAGUGUAGUUCAAGGCAAAACAGCAUCUCAGCACAUGAAGGGGCCAGAUUGUAGGGCAGGUGGGACUGCUUCUUUUGGUAAUGGAUAGCUGUUACCAGCUCAACCUAUUGUAAAAUGCCUUCUGAGAGUUCCAGGGAAAGGUGUGCCAGAUAAGGUGAAAUUAAUUUUGAAGUCAAUAAGUUUGUGUUCUUGAAAUCCCAAUGUUUAAACUUGAGUUUUAAACUUACAUUUAUGACUCUAUAUAAACAAAGCAAAACUAUGUGUAAAUAUUUUUAAUGAAAAAAUAAACAUUUUUUUUAUUGA